AUGGCGUCGUUCCUCAGCCAGGCUUCGUCCUACUUUGGCCGCACCAACAUCGCUGUCAACUACACCAUCGACGAAUCGCAGUCUCCAGCACACUGCGGGCUGUGGAAGAUCUACAAAGCCACACGCAAUGCCUCGUCUACCUCCAACACCGCUGCAUCGUCAGGGCAGUCCAGUUCGGCUUCAGCGUCCAAAAGCAUCGUCUCGAUAUGGAUGCACACCUUCUCUUCACGAGGCCAGGUCCGACAGCGUAUCACCGAACAGCUGAAGAAAGAAGCUUCGUCGCUCACGCGUCUUCGCCACCCGUGCAUCCUGGAAGUGGUCGAGCCGCUCGAAGAGUCACGCAACGAUGUCUCGUUUGCUACCGAGCAGGUGUUUGCGAGCCUGUCGGAAGCGCUCGUAUCAGAUCACCGGCAAGAUGUGCAGCUGGACGAAGUCGAAAUCCAAAAGGGCUUGCUUCAGGUUGCGAGGGGUCUCGAGUUCUUGCAUACCGCAAAGAUGGUGCAUCAGAACCUGUCGCCUGAAUCGAUAUUGAUCAACGCAAAGGGUGACUGGAAGCUGGCCGGCUUUUCGUUUCUCACCCCACUUGAGCUGCCCGGUGGAGGCGGCAAGACGCCAUGGACGUUUCCAGACUACGACCCGAGCUUGCCACCGGCUAUGAGUCGAAACUUUGACUAUAUGGCGCCAGAGAACGCACUCGACGAAAAGCUAGGCCCCGAAAAUGACAUGUACAGCUUGGGCUGUGUUGUAUAUGCCGUCCACAACAAGGGCAACCCUCCCUUCCGCAACCGCAACUCGCUCCCCAACCUCCGCAGCAACGUCGAUCAGCUCAGCACGACGAUCGGCAGUCAGAGCUGGUCACGCAUGGGCAAGGAUGUGCUGGAUCUGCUGUCGAACCUCUUGACUCGGUAUCCCGGCGCCAGGUUGUCGGCUGCGUCGUUCCAACAAUCAGAAUACUUCAAUUCGAUCCUCGUUUCGACGCUCAAGUUUAUGGAGCGCGACAGCUUUGCCGGCCGCACCAAGGAGGAGAGAGUGCAGUACCUUAAAGGUCUGCUCAAGAUCUUGCCGCAGUUCUCGGACCGGCUGUUGCGGCGCAAAGUGCUGCCGGCGGUGUUAGAACUGAUGACGGAUCGGUCGUUGUUGCCGUUCAUCCUGCCGAAUGUGUUUCAUAUCUCGAAGAACCUCUCUUCGCUCGAGUUUACCAAUUCUGUGCUGCCCAAGCUCAAGCCGUUAUUCUCGGUGCAAGACCCGCCGCAGAACAUGCUACUGCUGCUGGAUCAGAUCGAACCGCUGUUUGUGCCCAAAGUGGCGCCGACGGCGUUUCGCGAGGAAGUCACGCCGCUGCUGUACGCUGCGCUCGAAGCCGAAAAUGUCAUGGUGCAAGAAAAGGCGUUACGCACCGUGCCGCGCUUGGCCGAGAUCCUGGAAUAUGCACACGUCAAGGAGGUUCUCUUCCCCAAACUCGCCUCGCUCUUCGCCAAGACCAAAGUGCUGAGCGUCAAGGUCAACUGCCUCAUCUGCUUCCAUGCAAUGGUGUUGAUCCUCGACAAGCACACGAUCACCGAGAAGCUCGUGCCCAUCCUGGCACGCAUCAAGACCAAGGAGCCGAGCGUCAUGGUGGCGACGCUGGCGGUGCACGAGAGCAUGGCGGCCAAGGUCGACAGGGAGACGCUGGCCACGGCGAUCAUCCCGCAGCUGUGGGUGAUGAGCAUGGGCCCGCUGCUGAAUGCCGAGCAGUUUGGUAGGUUCAUGAAGGCGGUCAAGGAGAUGAGUGCGAGGGUGGAGAAGGAGCAUACGGCGCACUUGAGGGAUGUGAGGCGCAUGCAGGAGCACACGGAUUUGUAUACUGCCGAAGGCGGUGGUGCUAGGGGUGCGGGUGGUGCGGGAGGAGGUGUGACGGGCAUCGGUGCUGGCGGCGAGAUUGAUUUCGCGACGCUGGUGGGGCAGACCAAGACGGGGGGUGGUGGAGAAAAGAGUGUCGUCGACGAUCCGUUUGGGUUGUCGGAUGACUUUACCGGUUUGGGGGCCGGUGGUGCGAGUUUGGGGGUGGCGAGCGAUAUUUCGCCGGCAGUGUCGAAUGUUCAUACGCCGAUUGGAGGCUUGACUCCGACGCACACCGGCAGAUCAUCGACACUGUCCACCUCGUCUUCAAAACCCAACGGCGCCUCAUCGCGAAGCAUCAGCAACUCGACACCAACCCCAACACCCAAAGCAGCACCGUCCCUCGCACCUCCGCCGUCCUUCACCCGUCCGUCACCGCUCAGCACAAGCUCGUCGAGCACCUCGAUCAAGUCGGCCACAGCAGCUACACCCACCUGGUCAAGCGUACUCCAACCGUCCUCGUCUGCCUUGUCAACCCCUCCUCUCGCGCCGUCAAACAGCGCCACCCCUGCAGCAGCAGCAGCAGCAGCAACCAACACAAGCGGACCGAACUACAAUAUCUCCCUGCCCCCCGCUACGGGGUCCAACUGGACCACCAACACCGCGUCUACUGGCAGCAGCAUUUUCGGCGCGCCUCCCGCCAUCGAGCCUGCUGCUCCCACCUCGGUGAUGGCGGCGGCAGUUGCGCAACCGACGGUAGCGCCAGCAGGGCCACCGGGUUGGGGCGGGAGCGUGUUGCAGCCCAACAAGUCGGCCGGGGCUGCAGCGAAGGGCAAGACGCAGAACCCGGAUGCUUGGAAGGACUUCGACCCAUUUGCUUGA